UUUGGCGCGAAAGUGACGUCAUAUUGAUUUGUAGGACGAGGAAACACCCUAAGUCACCCUCUCCCAUUUCUUUUCCUCUAAUGCAAUUUUAGUGGAGUGUUCGUGAAUGCCUCUAGGCUUCACCCAUGAGUGAACAUACGGAGCAGCUGGUGCAGGUGGCGAGGACUGGCUAGAGGAGCACCAAAUGUUUGUUUACAUGCAAGAUGGCGUAGAGGAGUAGAAACCACCAACAAUGCAUAUCACUCAGCCUCGUCCCCCUGUGGCCACUGGGUCCACAAAGAAAGGUGUUACUCAUGGCCCCACCACCACCACCACCACUGCUACUUCACCUAACAUGGACAGCACCCUCAGCUUGGUGAAGCAGCUUGUGACUCACUUUGUGGAGGACUCCUUCAGUCAGUUCCGCCUGAGAGACAGGGACAAAGAGGAAGCCUUCAAAGGGAAGCUGAAGGUGCUUGUCUACUCCAUACUGCUCUCCCACAGAAAAGACCAUGCCCGGGAGAGGUCAUGUCUGCGCCUGAAUGAGCUGGAGGAGGUGAUUUGGCACACCCAUGUCCUGCGCCAACAGCGACGCUACGAUGAUGGCAACGCACUGGACAGCUGCCUGCAUGUCCUCAGGGAAGGAGGUCACUUGGAGACUGGGAGUGAUGUGAGGACAGUGAUGAGGUUCCUAGUGGCUCUGAAAGGUCAGGGUGGGCCAGAUGGGGAGAUGCAGCAGCCCAUCCUGGCAGAGCUCAGGCCCAGGAUUGUCCAGGAGAAGGAGAAUGCUCCAUGUUUCCUCCUCGGGACCUCUACAGUAUGGUGACACAUUCCUGCAGAGGGCUGAGUGUGGUCGUCCUUACUCCUCUUCCCUUCCUCUCUUUACACUCACCUCCCCAUGUCUCUGCCACAUGGAAGG